CAUUCUGCACAGUGGAACAGGAUAUAGCUUGGACUCAUUUUGUGGAUGAAAUAAUAUACACACUGAACCAGAACAAAGAUCUGGAGGAUCUAAUGUAAAUAUUAAUGGAGUGGAGCAGGAGCGGGAAUGGCGGAAGGGUUUCUGCAGAGGACACAGUUGGGGGGGAGGAUUCGGACGAGGAAGAGGUUUUUCUCCUAGACAUGUGGAGGGAAGCACAGAUGGCUCCUGGCUCUGGGUCGGAUGGCCUUUCUCACGCCCUUAGGAAGGGGUUUUUGUUCCCUGCUAUGUCUUUGCCCCAUGUUGUUGCUUCUGGAGUUUCUGGUGCGAAUUUGGGGGCACUGCAGUCUAAAUCCCUUGGUGCAUCGCCCUUGUCCUGCAGUAUCGUUGAAGAUGGUGCUGCAGUUGUUGUGGCUGGGGUAGCAGCUGUUCCUGAUGAUGACAUGGACAUUUGGAGUCAUGAUUGUUCUGGGGACCGUAGUGGAACGAUUGAUGGUAAGAAGGAAGAUGAGCUCCUCCUUUCCCCUGUUGUGGGUUCUUCUCCUAAGACUGCUGCUGCAGUUAGUGUGCCUGAAACUUCUUUGUGCAAUGGGUUUUGAUGCAUCUUUGCAUCCCACACCUGGUAGUCCCUUUGUUCCUUGUGUGGAGGCCCCAUCCCUUGCUGCUGCUCCUGUUCGGGCUCUUGGGGAUUCUGCAUCUGAUGUGUUUGAUAGUUCGGUGAAUGGUUCUAGGGUGAAUGGUUUCGAGGGUCUUCCUGGACUUGGAACUGCUUCCCCUGCUCAUGCCAUGGUGGAAGAGAAAAUUUUGGUCCAUGAUUCUCUCUUGGUUAAGACAACUGCACAGUUUCAGAACUCAUUGGUUGGAAGAUUUUGCAGUAAUCGGCCCAACAUUGAUGCUGUUCGAAGAUGGGUGUUUCGGAUUUGGAAAUCUAAGGGUCAGGUUUCAACCCUUUGACUGAUGCCUCCUUCAAGUUCCCUAUUUCGGUUUGUCUGCCGGGUCUGCCUUUGGAGUUUUGGGACAAUGAGGUUUUCAUGCUGAUAAGCUUACUAAACUCAAAAAACGUUUAUUCUCUGCUUGUUUUUGUGUGCUUGUGGAAAAGGACAAAGUGCUCCCUUCUUGGGUCACUUUAACUUCCAAACUGGGUGUUUGGGUUCAGCAAAUGGAUUUUGAAGACUCUUCUGUCAUUUGUCAACAGUGUUGUAAAGUGGGCCAUGCCACAGCCAGCUGCCUGGAUGUCAAGAAACAACACUCCAUUCAGAGAAAAAAGAAAGUUUUUCCUAUUGUUAUUAAGGAAUGUUCCACUUCCAUUUAAGUUACGCAAAAGAAUGAUAAUAAGGGAAAAGCUCCUAUCGAAGAUACAACUAUGGAUCCCUCUUUAAUGGUCCCUGGACUGGCUAAAGUUGUUGUCAGUGAUCAUACCCAAAAAAGAAUUAUUGAACUGUUGGAUCCUUGUUCGAGGAUGAAGCAAAAAUCAUUGGCUCAUUUUGACUUCAAAACACCCCGACUUUGGGAGGGUUGGUUGUAAGGUUUUGUAGUACUUUACAUCCGUCUUUGUAUUUUGUGUGUUCCAUUCUGUCCUAUUAUGCUCAA